UUGCAGACGGAUCGCGGCUGAGUGGCAAUUUGCAAGUCGAGCAUGUGUAUUGGUAUAGGAAGUGUCUUUUUUUUUUAAAAUAAAUAAAAAGCCGGGCUAUUCAAAUAGAGAUCGGGAAUAAGGAAAAAAAAGCCUCCGAAUCCUAAAAUAAUGCUCAUAAAACACCCCUUUUUUGGCGCAGCCUUCCGGCCAACAAUGAUGCCAUGCAAAUAGAGACGAUGGCAAAAAGGAGAGAGAUUUCUACAACCCAAUAAGCUGAUGCAGCCAAAAUCCUUCAUCAUUGCAAAGGAGGAUUUAUUCUCCCUGGAUGGGAAGGGUGUCUCUAGAAAGAGGGAUUUGGCCCAGGAUCACAGCUUGGAGGAACAGGUGGAAACCCACACGUAGCCGAGUUCACACAAGCCUCUGCCAGGCGAGAGGCCGAGGGGCCUCCAAGGCAGAGACCUCCCAUGCCUGGGGGCAUAGCUUGUAUUAGCUGCAGUUGGGUAGGAUCUGGCGGAGGCCAGGGACCCCUCCCGGCCUGAACCCGGCGGCUGGUGCGUGCCCCUGCCUUCACCAGAGGGCACAGCCUGGAGUUACAGCGACACUUCUCGUCAGGGUAUUGAAGACAGCCCAAUGGCGGAGCCGCGCUUUAACAACACCUAUUUCUGGCCACCGCCUCCCACCAUGCCCAGUCAGCUGGACAAUCUAGUUCUGAUCAACAAAAUCAAGGAACAGCUUAUGGCAGAGAAGAUCCGUCCCCCCCAUUUGCCCCCCACCUCGGUGUCUUCCCAGCAGCCCCUGCUGGUGCCUCCCUCGCCAGCGGAGAGCAGCCAGUCGAUUAUGUCCAUUCCGAAGCUCCAGCAGGUCCCGGGGCUGCACCCCCAGGCAGUUCCCCAGCCAGAUGUUGCCCUUCACGCCCGCCCCGCCACCAGCACGGUCACAGGAUUGGGGCUGGGGUCCCGCACGCCAGCUGUCAGCACCUCCGAAUCCAGUGCGGGGACGGGCACCAGCACCCCUUCCACGCCCACCUCCUCCAGCCAGAGCCACCUCAUUGCCUCCUCACCCACCCUCAUUUCCGGAAUCACCAGCCCCCCGCUCUUGGACUCCAUCAAGACAAUCCAGGGCCACAGUCUGCUGGGGGCUCCCAAGGCUGAACGAGGCCGCAAGAAGAUCAAGGCCGAGAACCCGUCAGGACCCCCGGUCCUCGUGGUCCCAUAUCCCAUUUUAGCUUCAGGAGACAUUGGCAAAGAGGGCAAGACGUACAGGUGUAAAGUCUGCCCACUUACCUUCUUUACCAAGUCAGAGAUGCAGAUCCACUCCAAGUCGCACACGGAAGCCAAGCCGCACAAGUGCCCGCAUUGCUCCAAAUCCUUUGCCAACGCCUCUUACCUGGCCCAGCACCUGCGCAUCCACCUGGGCGUCAAGCCGUACCACUGUUCCUACUGCGAGAAGUCCUUCCGCCAGCUCUCCCACCUCCAGCAGCACACCAGAAUUCACACUGGAGAUAGACCUUACAAGUGCCCGCACGCCGGCUGUGAAAAGGCUUUCACACAGCUCUCUAACCUCCAGUCACACCAACGGCAGCAUAAUAAAGACAAACCCUACAAGUGUCCAAAUUGCUACCGGGCGUACUCGGAUUCAGCUUCGCUCCAGAUCCACCUCUCGGCGCAUGCCAUCAAGCAUGCAAAGGCCUACUGCUGCAGCAUGUGUGGGCGAGCAUACACCUCAGAGACCUAUUUGAUGAAGCACAUGUCAAAACAUACAGUGGUGGAACACCUCGUGAGCCAGCACUCUCCUCAGAGGACAGAGUCCCCCGGCAUCCCCGUUCGGAUAUCCCUCAUCUGAAACGCGGAAAAGCAGCACUCCCCUCGCGUGAUGGACCUUCGCAAAUUCCAGAAACAGGGAGGGGAGAAAGGAGAUCUUUGGAUUAUGCAAACCGUUCUGCUCUCCCUGUGCUGCUUCCUCAGAUUCCUCAGUGGUGUACAGCACUGUGCUCAGGAGGACCAAGAGACCCCAGUCUGGCUCCCCCCACUCCCCCAAGCAACCUUGGGCCUUGACUAUGUUUGUGGAGGGGACGUGUCCUCUUCAGUUUUGGGGAGAACCAAAGACAAUUCCACAGCACUUUCACCCUCCGUCUUGCUUCUCCAGGGGCACCAUUCUUCUUCUGGGAUUGCUGCAUUCUCGCUUCUCUUGUUCCAAGUCAUCCUGCCCCCUCCCCCAAAAAAACAUUGGUGCAGAGAUUUCUAAUGCCACGAUGACAUGGAGCACGAAAUCCCUCUGGACUCCAGCCUGAAACCAUUGUGGGAUCUUCUUGGACAAGGACAGUGCAUUGAGGUAUUUGGUGCUAAACUGGAAGGGGACCCGCCAUCCUGGAAGCAGCCAGAGGGAUGCAGAGUCUGGCGGGUGCCACGUGCCGCACGCUGUAAACCUGCACCCGUGCGCUGCCAGAGAAACGCAAGGGAGAAUCACAGGCCUGCGUUGUGGGAAAAGCGAAAGGAACGUCUGUUCUUUUUCUAGGAAUGGAAAGUUUGGGGAAGAUCGUGAAACUCAGCAGGGAAAUCCUGUACAUGCUGGGUGGGGGGGAAGAGCGCACUUGUAACGGUACAUCAUGAAUGUCCACUGCAUCGGACACAGGUUUGACACUCUGGUAGCUGUUUCUCCUCCAAACUCUUGGGUGGGAUCUGUCUUGAAUGAAAGAUGUGGAGAUUGGCACCAGUCUUGGCAGCGAAACAGGGCACGGCUCUAGAUGUGCAGCAGGGGAUUCUCUCGCUUCCAUGAGAAAUGUGUUUUAGCCAUGUCCAAGCUGUGGCUAGGUGGUUGGGGCGUUGCAUUCCCAGUGCAUUAGAAAACCAUUGUAUUUGGUUGGCAAGUGAAUCUUCAAGGGAGAGGUCAGCAGGGGCUCCUUGCCUUUAUCCCUUUACCCUUUGCCACUUCUACUCCUGUCCCCCCAGCCAUCAAGUCAGUCCCUCCCAUUUGUCAUCACCGACCCAUUUUUCCCAGUUCGUCUGUAGGCGACCAGUAGGAGAUUAACAGAAACAGGAGAGGCUUCUAAAGCCUGGCUUUGAUUCCUGGUCGGUGCAUGGGGGACGGAAGCUGACCAUCCGUGGUGGGAAGAGGUGAUUUGCAGGGAACUAAUUUGUCACAUUGCGUCCAAGAGCCUUAGAAGUGGCCUUCCCCAGACUGAGCAAAGAGCGAGUUAUGCAGCUUUUAAAUCUCAGGUGCAGUGGUGGGGGAUCCCCCCAGGCUUGGUCCCCCCAAAGCAGGCAAGGCCUUCCCUCCCUGUGCGAGCAAGCUCUAGCACAACCACCUUAAUUUCUGAGCGGGUGCCCCAAAAGACCCUUCCCCUUUUGCAUAUAGCAAAACCACCACCAAUGUUUGUGCAAGUGGUUCCCAUCAUCCCCAGCCCACCAGGCACCCUCUAGAGAAACGGCUGCCAUGAAGAAAAUGGGCUUCCACACUUGGUUUUCUGCCCUCCUCUCCGUGGUCCUGGCUUGGCUUCUGGGGGCACAGUACAGAAUCAACCCCAAGAGAAAUAGCCAGAGACUGCCUUUUUAACCCCCCCCCCCCAAAAAAGCUGGAAAGAAAGCCCAUCAUUAACCUGAUCCUUGGCUAAGUUCUGCUUCCAUUCUUCCAAAACCAAAAUUUCAAGACACCACCAGACAAACGGUUGCCUCCCCCACACGAAGAGGGAAAGGGGUUUUGGAGGGGAAUCCAGUGCAACUCAGCCCGUGCCUGGCUUUUAAAGUCACACCUCAAUUUUUGUCUAAGGGGGGUGGGGGGCGGAGACCUCCAGCCCCCUCAACACAACUUCAAAUCCACCUCUCUCUAAUGCCCCUUUGAGUUCCAUGUUUUUUUAGAUAUGAAUUAUUGCUUUUUAAAAAGAAAAGUAUUUUUAAGCCUUAAAAUUGCUGUUUUUUUUAAAGCAAGUUGUUUCUUUCUUGCAGUUUAUACUGAUUUGGUCCCCCCCCCUUUUUUUUUUUUAAAUACCCAUUUCUUUCUCUUGGUUUUGAAUUGAUGUUGUAUGAUAUUCAAUAUUGUAUCCUCUUUUCUCUUUUUUUUGGCAUGUUAAUAACUGUGUAAAUAAGACUCUUAUACAUAUUGUUAACAUCUUUUUUUCUAUAUAAAAGCCCAGGAAACAUCUAGCUAGUGCCCUAGUUAUUAUUACCCUUAUUAAUGAAAAAGGAAAAAAAAAGUUUUUUUGUUUUGUUUUUUUUAAAGAUGGAAUCUCCUUCCACCCACCUCCUAAAAGUCUUGCAUUGUGGAAGGAAGGAGCACGGCCUCUCCCUUGUUCCGGGCAACCAUUUGCAUCGUUCAGAAAAAGGAAAAAAAAAAACCAAUAUAUGGAAACGAUCACUUUUUAAAAGUUGCUUUGUAUUUCUUCUCUGUUGUGGAAAAGCAAAUAAUAAAAUGUCUUUCCAAUCUUGGGCUGGA